GAUAAUAUUCUUUUGUUAUUGUUUAUUUUAGUAAACCUUUAUUACCUUUAACACGUGAAGAUAUUCGUCAAUGGUUUUGUCUAAGUGAAAUUCCUUAUGCUACAUUUCGUUCUCCAAAUGGUCAAAUAUAUCCAUGGUUUCAUGGAAUUAUUAGUCGAUCUUAUACGGAACAACUUCUAUGUUCAAAACCAAUUGGUACUUAUUUAAUACGUAUAAAUGAAAAAAUUUUUGGUUAUGCAUUAUCAUAUCGUGCAUCAGAUCAUUGUCGUCAUUUACUUAUUGAAGUUAUUUCAUCACCUAAACGUAAUAAUAGUCGAAUACAACAACAACAUGCUUAUAGAUUUUUAGGUGGUGCUAAAAAUGAAUUAUUUUCACAAUUAAAUCAACUUAUUGAAAAAUAUAGUAAUAUUCCAAUCCGCUCGAAUUCUACAGAUGUUCUUCGUUAUCCAUGUGGUCAACUAGAUACUCAGAAGCCAGAUUAUGCUGAUUUAUUUAUUGAAAAUCUCAAUAAUAAACAAUAUGAAUCUAUAUAUAUAUCACUUGAAGCAGCGAAAUCAUUACCUCAAUUGAACACACAUUUGUAG